AUGGGCUACUCGACAUCUACCGUCUUCCUCGCGGUGGCGGCCGCUACGCUGCUAUGGCUGCUGCACCUCAUCAUCUCCUCGACCAUACGCCGACGCCAAUACAAACUUCCCGCUCAAGUACCUGGCAUACCGAUUUUCGGCAACUCGUUCCAAAUGCCCCUGACCCAAGUCGAGCAAGCACCGUGGGCGCAGAAACUCGCUCAGAAGUACGGCGAAAUGUUCACCCUCCGGCUCGGCACGUCCGACUUCGUCUUCCUCAACUCCUCGCGAGUGGUGACGGACCUGCUCGAAAAGCGUGCGUCAAAGUACUCGUCUCGCAACCCCAUGCCGUUCGUGCAGGACCUGAUGUCCGGCGGCAAGCGGAUCGUGCUGAUGGGCUAUACCGACCAAUGGCGCGAGCUCCGUAAGGUCAUGCACAGCAUCCUCAAUUCGCGGCAGAUGACCCAAUUCGCCGAGUACCAGGACCUAGAGAGCAAGCAAUUGCUCUGGGAUUACUUGAAGCAGCCGGAUCUGUGGUUCAAGGCGAAUCAGAGGUACGCGAACGCCGUCAUCAUGAGCGUGGUCUUCGGACGGCGAUUGUUGCUCGACGACGAGAACCUGGAACCACUGCUGAAGCAGGCGGAAGACAUGGUCAAGCAUCUGCAGCCCGGGUCUACGUUGGUGGACACUUUUCCGUUCCUGAGCAGGCUGCCGCCGUGGAUGCAGUGGUGGAGAGCGAAAGGGUUGAGCAUGUUUGAGGAGUCCAAGAGGGUGUAUGGCAAGGAAGUGGACCGAGUGAGGGCGAGAAUGCUCAAAGGUGAUGCACGUCCUUGCUUUGCGAUUGACUUCCUCAAGGAGACCGAAAAGAGCAACAUGGACGACGACCAGAAAUUGUUUGCGCUGGGCAGCUUGUUGGAAGCCGGAAGCGAUACUUCGCGAAUGACCAUGAGCCAGCUUAUAGCUGCGGCUGUCUUGCAACCGGACUGGGUUGAAAGAGCAAGGGAGCAGCUCGACCGAGUGUGCGGUGAUGCUCAGCGUCUUCCACGGUUCGAAGACAAGCCCAACCUGCCUUUCAUCACUGCCGCCGUCAAGGAGGGUUUCAGGUGGUACCCAUUCGGUCCGAUCGGCGUGCCGCACAUGAUGAGCCAGGAUGACGAGUACGAAGGGUAUACGCUGCCAGCCGGGACCAUGGUGACCUGGAACAUGCAUCAUCUUUCGAGGAGUCCGGACGAGUACCAGGACCCGGAGAGAUUCUGGCCAGAGCGGUUUCUGAAUGACGACCUGAACAACCCGUUGAAAGGUCAUUGGGCAUUUGGAGCAGGCAGACGCGUUUGUCCGGGGUACAAUGUGGCGGAGACGAAUCUUUGGAUGUUCCUGUCGCGUUUAUUGUACUGCUUCGAUUUCGAGGCCAUCCCGGCUCAAGAGAUCGAGCUGGAGAAAGUGGUCUGGCCGGCCAUCGACUAUGCUCCGUUUGCUGUCCAGAUCGCUCCGCGCAGCCCGGCACAUCGAGAUCUGAUCGAGAGGGAGUGCUCCUAUGUCUCCGAAAUAGUUUAUUGAUGAUGGUAGGUGAGCGUUGUGUCUCCAGCUCGUAGCCGCGGACGUCCUUGGUGCCGCUGCUGGGUGGCUGAUAAGGACGAUGCUUCAAAAGCAUCCAGGAAAUCCCCUUCUAUGCAACAGGAGAUUAUUCUGCAGAAGCAACGCGAAAAAGGUCCAGCCAAGCUCCCAGUUGCGAACACUGUUCCACGAAGGAUUG